AUGUCUUGGAAGCUCACCAAGAAGCUCAAGGAGACGCACCUUGCUCCGCUUGCGAACACAUUCAGUCGCUCGUCGUCUACCUCGACCAUAGUCAAUGACCAGACCCCGAAGACGGCAACCUCGACUAGUGGCGGGAGCACUCUCGCAGACUCGAAAGAUCCCAAUGGCAUCGCGGCCUCAGAAGCGAACGCUGCCCCGCCAGCACAACCCCUCCGCCCGGGUAUCCUCAUAGUCACGCUCCAUGAGGGCCAGAAGUUUUCUCUGCCGCCGGGUGCGGAACAGGCAUUUGGUGGUAGCCAUCAUCAGGGCUCCUUGUCACAGGGCGGCGGCUUUUCCGUUGCAGGUUCCAUGCGACCUGGCUCAUCAUCUCGAAAUCCAGUCGUGGGCUCGUAUGCCACUAGGCCACAGUCUGCCGCUGGCAGCAUCAACGCCGCCCCUACCAUCCAUGGCCGCUACUCCUCGAAACACUUGCCCUACGCGCUUGUAGACUUCGACAAGCAGCAAGUCUUCAUAAACGCAGUCUCAGGUACUCCCGAGAAUCCACUUUGGGCAGGCGGCAAUACACAGUACAAGUUCGAUGUAUCUCGAGUUACCGAUCUUACUGUUUCGCUGUACAUCCGCAACCCCACCGCACCUCCCAACGCUGGCCGAAAUGAGGAUAUUUUCAUUGGAACUUUGAAAGUACAUCCCAAAUUCGAGGAGCAACGGACAGAUGAAAAGGUGAAGAAGACUGAACAUACACAAGGCCAAGCCGGUGCCGAGUGGAUACCGGUGCAAUUUGGCAGUGGGCAAAUGAGGAUUGGUGUCAACUUCGUGGAAAACCGACAAGACCGUCUAUCGAUUGAUGAUUUUGAGCUUCUCAAGGUCGUUGGCAAGGGUAGUUUCGGAAAGGUUAUGCAAGUCCAAAAGAAGGAUACACACCGAAUCUACGCCCUCAAGACGAUCCGCAAAGCGCACAUCAUUUCCCGAUCGGAGGUUGCGCACACUCUUGCGGAGCGCUCAGUAUUGGCUCAGAUCAACAAUCCCUUCAUCGUGCCUUUGAAGUUCUCUUUCCAGUCGCCUGAGAAGCUUUACCUGGUGCUAGCUUUCGUCAAUGGUGGCGAGCUUUUCCACCAUCUCCAGAAGGAGCAGCGGUUCGACAUCAACCGAGCCCGAUUUUAUGCUGCAGAACUUCUUUGCGCUCUAGAGUGUUUACACGGUUUCAACGUUAUUUACCGUGACUUGAAGCCGGAGAACAUCUUGCUGGAUUACACUGGACACAUUGCUCUGUGUGAUUUCGGUCUCUGCAAACUGGACAUGAAGGACGAAGACAGGACGAACACUUUCUGUGGAACACCGGAGUACCUCGCUCCUGAGCUUCUCACUGGUGCCGGUUACACCAAGUCUGUCGAUUGGUGGACAUUAGGCGUUCUUCUCUACGAGAUGUUGACAGGACUGCCACCUUUCUACGAUGAGAAUACUAACGACAUGUACCGAAAGAUUCUUACCGAGCCGCUACAUUUCCCAGGCCCCGAGAUUGUUCCACCGGCCGCACGAGAUCUUCUGACACGCCUGCUAGACCGCAACGCAGAGAAGCGUUUGGGAGCCAAGGGCGCAGCUGAAAUCAAAGCACACUACUUUUUCCACAGCAUCGACUGGCGAAAGCUGCUGGAGAGGAAGUAUGAGCCCAGCUUCAAGCCUAAUGUCGUUGACGCUAAAGAUACUGCCAAUUUUGACCGCGAGUUCACUUCGGAAGCUCCCACGGACUCGUACGUAGACGGCCCGGUGCUCUCUCAGACUAUGCAGCAGCAGUUCGCAGGAUGGUCUUACAACCGACCAGUUGCUGGUCUCGGCGAUGCUGGAGGUUCGGUGAAGGAUCCCUCGUUCGAGGGCGUGACAGAAAGAUAG